AUGGACGAGGUCUGGGAGAGAGCCGUGGAGGCGGCGCUGGAGGGCCAACCGGAAUCCUCCGCCACGCCGAGGGUCCUCACCUUGGACGGCGCCGUGAAGUGCCUGCACGGGCGGCUCCCCCCGCCGGCCCUGCUUGAGAGAUUCCAGAGCCUCCAGCACCUGUCGAUCGCGAACGUGGGGGUCUCGUCGCUGGAGAAGUUCCCGCGGCUGCGGAAUCUGCAGCGGCUGAUCCUCUCCGACAACCGCAUCGCCGGCGGCCUGGAGUUCCUUGUGGAGGCGGGAUUGGAUUCACUGCGGGAUCUCGACCUGUCGAACAACCGGAUCCAGUUCCUCGAAGAUCUCGCCCCGCUCGCGCGGCUCCGGCUGGUCUCCCUCGACCUCUACGAGUGUCCGGUCACGAGGAUCAAGGAUUACAGAUCCAGAGUCUUCGGAUUGAUCAGGUCCUUGAAGUACCUCGACAAGAUGGAUGCGGAUGAGAACGAGCGGCCGGAGUCGGACGAAGAGGAGGAGGACGACGAAGACGAGGACGAGGACGAUCCUGGCAGCGGGGAGAUCGAAGGUGAGGAUCGAGCUAGGAAGGCGGUUAAUGGUGGCGCCUCCAGUUCGGAGAGGGGCGGAGUUUUGGAUGUCGAUGAAGACGACGAGAGUGAUGCCGACGAGGAGCCGGAGAUUGGUGGGAGACCGAAAACAAAUGGAUACGCUCGAGACCUGUCCAAUGGAUUCCAUGUGGCUACAUCAGGCUCGGGGCACGAGGAGGAUGAAGAGUCUGAAGAACUCGACGAAGAAGAGUACGUGGAGGACUACGACGAAGAAGAGGACCUGGGAGGAGAGAUCAAUCAAGAAGAGGUGGAUGAGGACGUGCUGGAGGUGCACAGUGAGGAAGAAGAUGGGGUUGAGGAGGAGGACGACGAGGAAGAUGAUGAAGACGACGACGAGGAUGACGAAGACGACGACAGUCGAAGAGCUGGAAGUAGUGGGAGGUUGGCAAGCCUGGAGGGGGAGAUCGAUGGCGAUGAACUAGCAGAAGAGGAUGAGAAUGGAGAGAUUGGAGAGUACGACGAACCAGAGGUUGAUGAGGGCCAUGAAUCCGAUGACGACGACGACGAUGCCGAAGACGAGGUGAUUUUUCUGAUCCAAUUUCCGUUCCCAUUAUUUGCUGAACUAUAUAUAUAUAUAUCAAUCUAUAAUCACCGUUUCUUAUCCAUACCUUCCCGUACUUGAAUCACUGUUGACAUUUUUCUCAAGGGUUCCUUGGUAUUCAUUGUACUCCUAGAAUGACAUCUCAUGCACUCCUGUUGCUGGAUUGUUCUUCCCGAAUUUAAUCAUAUCUUUCUUCCUUAUUAUGUCUGAUGGGACCAGACUGCGAUGGAUUAGCAUAUUAUUAUAUUCUCCUUUUAUCUGGGUUUGUUGCGAUCAUCCUCUGGGAGUUAUAUAUAUAUAUAUUUUUUUAAUGAUUUAUUUAUCACCUUCCAAAACUUUGGGUUAGUUCAUCCGGUAAGUAAUUCACACUUCAAAGUGGAUCUCCUUCAAGAUUUUUUAUUUUUGUUAAUUGUAAUCGAAGGAAAGUCAUCAUUUUUUUUGGGUUUUUUUUUAACACUACUAGUUCUUGUUGGGUCAUGUUCGAAUUGGGUAAUUCAUUCAACACGGUCUCCCUCCAUGGGUUUGUUCAUCAGUUUAUAACUCCUCUUGGCCUAAAAAUCUUUUGUUCACUCACAUCAGAUGAACUCCCUCCAUGCUUCGUUCACCUCCGCAUGUUUCUUUUCGUUCUCUCUCUCUCUCUAGCCAUGGUUUUUCUCUCUUUCUCUCUCUAGCCAUUUGGAGGAUUAUUUCUUCCGUGAUCUUGGCACCCUAAAAAAGGAAAAAACAACCCGGGAGCUGAACUGAUAGAUAACCUAUCCGUUGGGGGAGUUGCAGGAGGAGGACGUGGCGGAGUUCCUCGUGCAGCCAAUCGGCCCGACGGAAAUCGACGGGGGGCUCAGCGACGUAGACGGCGGCAACGAUGAGGACGUCAGCGAGGAGGACGAGGUGGACGACGACGAGCAGAGAGUGGGCGGCGCCGCCGCCCCUCCCUCCUCUUCCUCCGCCCUCAACAAGAGGAGAAGGGGCGGCGUCGCCCACCCGCCGCCGGAGGAGGACGAAGAUGACGAAGAAGAGGAAGAGGAGGAUCUCGUCGACGACUCGCGGCCGCCGCCCAAGCGCCGCUGA